AUGCAAGUUGGAGUCUUGUGGUCACUCAUAGGUGUAACUACGGCUGUUGUCAUUAAACAACCAUUAAGAUGGCAAGAACCCAGCAAAGUUGGUAUGAUAAGACAAGGAGUUUACAUGAGUUACUUGAGAAAGAUAAACCUCCUACGGGCAUCUUCUCCACAAAGAUUUCCAAACAAGGCAUUAGAUUAUGACCGCGAAUACGUCUCAAAUAUCACUAUCGGAACACCACCACAAGAAUUUGUCGUAGUCCUCGAUACUGGGUCCGCAGACUUGUGGGUACCCGGUACUAUAUGCGACUACUCGUGUGAUGGCAAACACAAAUUCAAUACCGACAGAUCAAGCACUUAUGUUGCUAGCAAGUGGCGAUUUAGUGUUACCUAUCGAGACGAAUCGGACGCAAUAGGUUAUAGGGGCAACGACGUGGUUACGUUAGGAGGAACUGACGAACCACAUCUUGUGAUCCCUAAUAGCACAUUUGGUUUAGCAAGACAUCUCUCACCGCAAUUCAAAAAGGUAGUAUUCAGUUGA